ACAACCAUAACCCCUGUCUAACGACAUUGUUAAAACGCUCUUUCACCACCCACUAGAGCUACAUUUCCACUCGCCGCCAGUUACCAUAUCCCAUCGCUUGAUUGGGUCUUACCUCCAAUAUAAUUGUCCAGCACUCGCUAAUGGAUUCCUCGGCUCCUGGAGCUCCCCACGGCGGUAACCCCAACGGUGACACUCCGAGCAGCGGACCGAUCGACUACAACACAUACAAAUAUGUCAAUUGCGAUGGGUGUCACCAGAGGCUCAGCAACGAACACACACCAGUCGAGAUGCCCUAUUGUCGCCACGUUUUCGGCAAAGAAUGUAUACAAGCUCGCAUCUAGGAGCCGGAGCGAUAUCCUGGUCACUGCUUCUUGUGCGACAGCAUCCCGGGACUGACAA